AUGCAUAUCAAGCGGAAACUUAGGCGCUAUAUAAGCAAUAUCAUAAGCUUCACCAACUCUCGCACUCGUAAUACACUACGUGAUCGAUCUUCAGAUUUUUAUGCCGAUGAGGUUACAGAGGAGUUGGUUGAUCUCAUGCGUAAAGUUUGGCUACCGAUCAUUGGUCCAGACUAUGAUAUAAUGGUUUUGCACAUCUAUAAACCUCGGGGUAUUUCAAAUUUAGGCAUGAGUUUGGAAGGCAUAACAUAUAUAUCAGAGCCAGUUUUCGAUGAUGAACAACCCCGGUUUCCGCAAGCAACUCCUAUCAGUAAUGGUCAAAUUAAAACCGUAUCUACCCCGUGA